AUGCCACCCCACAACGACGUCGAGGCCUUCCACGAGGCGCUCCGGUCCAGCCGCCGCAUCCUCGCCCUCUGUGGGGCCGGCCUCUCCGCUUCCUCCGGCCUGCCGACCUUCCGCGGCUCCGGGGGCUACUGGCGGAGCCACGAUGCCACCAAGCUGGCCACGCCCCGCGCUUUCAAGGCCGACCCGGGCAUGGUCUGGCUCUUCUACGGCUACCGCCGCCACAUCUGCCUGCGCGCCAAGCCCAACGCCGCCCACCGAGCCCUCGCGGCCCUGGCCAGGGAGAACCGAGAUUUCCUGUGCCUGACCCAGAACGUGGACAAUCUCUCCCAACGCGCUGGCCACCCCCCUCAACAGCUCUCCACCCUCCACGGCUCCCUCUUCGACAUCAAGUGCAGCGCCGAUGGCUGCGACUGGAUGCAGCGCAACAACCAGGACGACCCCUUCUGCCCGGCCCUGGCCCCGGCCUCGGAGGACCCGCCGCCGGGAGAGGCCCUGCCGCUGCUGGAUCCGUACCACCGAAUCAAGCACAUCUCGGAGGAGGACUUGCCGGCCUGUCCCCAGUGCAAGGCUGGCCUGCAGCGCCCGGGCGUAGUGUGGUUCGGAGAGGCACUCGACAACGAUAUGCUCAAGGGCAUCGGCGAGUGGAUGGGCAAGGACAAAGUGGAUCUCAUGCUGGUCGUAGGCACGUCGGCCCAGGUCUGGCCCGCCGCUGGCUACAUCUCGCAGGCCCAGCGGUGCGGCGCCCGCAUAGCCACCGUGAACUUGGAGGCCGAGGACGAGGCCGAGCUUGAGCGCAUCGGGCCCGGCGACUUUGCCUUUGGCAGGGACGCGGCCGAGUGCCUGCCGUUGCUCCUGGAGCCUGUAAUUGGCAGAAUGAAGGAGGAUGGCGAGUUUGAGAAGUAG